UACUGUUGUUCUACACAACUGGGUGUUGUGAAUAUGUUACCGAUGCAGAUCAUAUAGAUCAUAUAAUUUGAAAACAUGCCUUUUGCUUAUAAUAUUUACUACCCAUUACUGCCACCUGUAUCCAGAUGUUACUGGUCAGGUAUUCGAGGAUCUGUAUUUCCUAUGAACGGCCCAAGCAGUGGGGAUCUCUUUGGUAACAUGCUGGCCAGUCCUGGUGGAAUCCCGCCCUUUAAAUUUCAGUCACGGCGAGAUACCAUUGACUGGCGACGGUUCAGUGCCAUUGAUGUGGAGCGGGUGGCUCGCGAGCUGGAUCUUACCACCCUGCAAGAAAACAUCAAUAGUAUCACCUUUUGCAACCUAGAUGCUGAGAAGUGCCCUUAUUGCCAACAACCAGUUGACCCCGUUCUCUUAAAGGUUCUUAAGAUGGCUCAGCUGAUCAUUGAAUACCUGCUGCACUCCCAAGAAUACUUGAGCAUGAGUUUGGCACUACAGGAGGAACGGCAGCAGACUGCUCUGGAUGAACUCGGGCGUGUCAAACAUAACUUGGAUAAGCAAGCAGAAGAACUAAGGAGCAUAAAAGAAGAAAGCAGGAGACGGAAGAAGAUGAUUUCCACCCAGCAGUUACUCUUGCAAGCCGGAGCUAAUAACUACCACAAGUGCCAGCUGUGUGACAAGAGCUUCAUGAACUACUCCUACCUUCAAGCACACAUGCAACGCAGGCACUCUGAAGCCACUGCAGCUGAGAUGGAGAAGAAAAAACAGGUGGAGCAAAUGGAAAAUGAGAUUGAAGCACUGAAGAUCAAGCUGAAAGAGACCAAUGCCCAGCUGGAGACUGAAAGCCAGCGUAGGAGGCAGGAAGCAGAAAAUAUUCGCCAAAGAGAAGAAGAGGGAAGAAAGAAAUUUGAAAGCUGGAAAGAGGAGGAGAGAAGAAAGUUUCAGAAGGAAAUGGAAGACCUCCGGCAGAUGUUCCUCACUGAAUUCAAGGACAUUUCCAACAAGAAUUCCAGCCUGGAAGAGAAACUUCACGAACUACAAGUCAAGAAUACCAAAGUCUCCAAUCUGGGACUAUUAAAGGAUGAUGAUUCAAAUGAUAAACAGCAAUGGAGCAAGACACAAAAAGAGCUGGAGGAGAUGAAAACCAAGACAGAGCAACAGAAAAUACAGUGGAAGAAAAGACUGAAUGAACUUCAGAAGGGGCACCAGAUGGAAAAGGAAGAACUAAAGGGUGAAAAUGAGAGACUGCGGGCCUCCUUAUCUUCUGACCAAUGGAAAAUGGCCGAGCAUAACAAGCAGCAAAUGGCAUCACUCACAGCAAAACUCAGGGAACAGGCCAAGGUCAUCCAAUCUCAGGAGAGAACUAUUAAACUUCUGUCCUCUAGCAAAGCCAGAGAAAUCCAGGAGGUACCCAAGGCUGAAAAGCCAGAAGAGUCUACUGAAGAAGAACUGGAAGAUACUCUGGAUAGGAAGAAAAGAGUACUAGAAGCAUUGAGGAGGAACCCAAACUUGCUGAAGCAAUUUCGUCCAGUUCUGGAGGAGACGUUGGAAGAGAAACUGGAGAGCAUGGGAGUGAAGCAGGGCACAAAAGGUAUCUCAUCUCACACCUAUAAAAAUUUAAAAAGUGUAUUAAAAACCGAACAGCAGCAGAAGGCUAACAAAUUUCCACAUCUCCUCACACUGAGAGGCAAACUUGAGCAAGCAGUGAAACAGAAACUUAACUGGAGUCAGAAGGAUGAAAAUGACGUGUCAGUGCCAUUCUCUGGAAUAUCAGUUAAAAACCAAAGGAGACCGCAUUCCCCACUUCAGGUUACAUCUUCUAAAUCCAGGGACUUGCAAGUCGAAUUUCAGCCAUGUGCCUUGGUAGUGCCUAAACCAGCUCCUCGGAGCAAAGUCAGCUCCAUGAAUAGUUCACUGGAGAAUCUCAGGCUACCUUCUCCAAAGCAAGCUAAAAGCAGCCCCCUCUCCCCUCAACCCUGUGCAGUCCAUCACCUUAGCACUUCACCUUUCAGCUCUGAAGAAGAAGAAUCUAAGGAAGAAUUGAGCUUUACUUCUCCAAAGCUCAGAGCCCUCAAGACAAAACCAGAUCCUCCCAAAGUGACACAGAAUGAAGAGAGUGACUGGGAUUCAUCUGACAUAGAACGACCUCAGGGAAAAAGCAACUCUGGAAGGGUUCUCUCCUCUGCAGCUAGACCUUCAGAGACCUUGGUGCAAUCAAUGGCUAAAAAUCUAGAGAGGACUCUGACUGUACCAGGAAGAAAACCUGCUGGUGGAGUAAAACUGUUUUCCAUCCAAACUGAAGAAGAUCCUAAACCCAGCCACCCCAUUAAAAAGCUUCAGUUUGUUGAUGAGGACAGUGACUUGGAUAUUUCUUCCUUUGAGGAAAUCACCCAGCAUCUGGACACCAACAAUAUGCUGAAGAAGCAGCAAGUUGCAAGAGGUAGUGGGGACUCAGCUGGAUCAGAGACCACCACUGUCUGGGGUUCCAACAGCACAAAAGUUGGUGCCUGGUGAUUCUUGCCUCACUAGCUGGACUAUGUCAGAAAACACAAUUUAUUUGCAACGGAACUGCACCCUGCAGUGAGCAGGAGAAAAGAAAACCAAAGUUCCUAAACCAUCCAAAGGACUCCAGGACUUUCAGAGGUAUCAGGUGAACAGAGAACAUAGAUACUCCAAGAUCAUAGUGUUGUCACAGCAGGAGUUUCUACUGGGGUAUGAGUUGUUUUCUUCCUUUGCAAUCGUUCAUGUGAUGGGCCUCAGAAGAACAAGACUGAACUACACUUUUGUCUGGAAGAAGUUUCCCACAUAGGCUUGUACCCCUGUGGUCCCUUCGGUGGAUGCAUCCCACCCCACAUCAAUUGUCAUUCCUGUUUGAGUUGAUAUUUCUUACCAGAUCCACAGAAUUCUCUGUGAAAAGAUAGUUUCAUCAUUCCAGGAGGAGGGAAUGAGCAAUGCAACAUCUGUUGUAAUUGCUGCUACCUGAGUGGCCCCUGCUGAGCUAGCACUCCGAGGGCUCAACUUGGCUUCCUCCUGGCUACCAGAAGCACUCCAGCUCAUUUGGAACUUUCCCAGUAAAUUAAAGGGCAAAUUUGCCCCAGAAAGUAGAGGCACAUAUAUGAUUAACAGUACGAUCCUCAGCAAAGUUACACCCUUCUGAGCCGAUUGAAGGCAGUGGGCUUUAGAAGGAUGUAACUCUGCUGUGCACUGCACUAGAAAUUAACCUCCAUGCUUAAUUCCUUUCCCCUGACAUCUAUGUUCCAAUGUAGAUGGAAUUUUUUGGAUAGCAAAGCAUUCAGUCAUAAGAGCCCCUAUCUGCUGAAGUGGGAUAGCCUCAGCAUCAUUUUCCUACUUUAAUGAAAGGAACAAUACCUAAUUGAUUCAGGGCCAGUUCAACCCUACCACAUCUCCCCAGUCCUUCAAAAUUUUAACAAGAACAUGCAGACAAAUACGGGGAAAAAAACAAUGGCCCACAGACUGGAAAUGCUCAAACCUACAUUUCAAUUCUGGGAAAAAAGGAGACAUCAAAGAUAGUAUCAACUACUGGACCAUUGAAUUAAUUUCUCAUGCAAGCAAAGCAGUGCUCAGAAGUACAGAUGGGCAUGAACCAGAAAAAAAAACAAACCAUGUGGUUCGUGGUUCAUCAUGUUUCACGAACAUUCACAAACCUGCUCCGGUUUGCGAACUGGUUUGUUUGGUUCGUAAAAACGCCACUUCUGGGCCACCAAAUCACCACUUCUAGGUCAGCAGAAAGUAACUUCCAGGUCAGCAGAAGGUCUGCAGAAAGCCCAACCCCUGUUGCCUAGGAAACUGAUUGAUCGGCAUCAGGCUGUCUGCAGUGAUGAACCAAAAAACAAACCAAACGAACCUCCCUAAAGUUCGUGGCAGUUCGUCAGAAAUGGGCUCUGACGAACUGCUGGCUCAUGAACCGGCCUGGUUCGUGACAAACUUUGGUUUGUAUUUCGGUUUGUGCUCAUCUCUACUCAGAAUCUUACAACAAAGGCUCUAACCAUAUAUAGAACAAGAAAUGCCAGAUGUUCAAGCUGGAUUCAGAAAUAGAAGAGUCCUGAAUACUACCUGGAAUUAAAAGUUUUCAAGAUCUGAGCAAGGCUGUCAGUGAUAGGUUAUUUUGGAGGUCAUCAUUAAUUCAUAGGAUCACCAUAAGUCUGAAACUACUUGACAGCACAUAAUACACACACAUCUUCCCAGUACCUAGCAAUGUUUUCCUUUCACCUGCUUUGUUUUUGUACAGCAGUGGUGGGAGAACAGAUAAAUUAAUUUGCCAUUCCAUCAAUUUUCAUUCUCCUGAAAACUUUCAGAAUCAUUUUUGUAGUUUCAAGGAACACCUCAGGGCCCAUCAGACUGUCAACUCCAUGUAAGUCACCGUUCAAGAAUCACAGCCAUUACGUAUUUGUGAGGAGUACUUUAGAACACUUUAAAAUUGCUGACCAGAGCUGGCCACUUGAUGGCACCAUAACUCAAAAAAACAAUGUAACAGCUCUGCUUCAAAUAGUACCAGUUACUAAAGAGGACUGUUUUGAAUCAGAACAAGGCUGAUCAGUCCUAAUUUUCAAAAAUUAAUUGUACAAAAAUAAAAUUGUAAAAAAAUAAAAUAAAAAAUAAAACUUUUCAUCAAAA